GUACGGUGCGAUGAAAAUGCGAAUUGUGAAUGAAAAUUCGUUACAAUUCGUUGGUAAAUUUAGUAUUAUUAUAAAGCACAGAGUACUUUAUUAUAUAUAGGAAAUUUAAUUGUACGUAAGUAAUGGAUGUGUUAUUAGUUUAUUUAACUCUUCUCGUAUCGUUCUUCUUUAUUUAUACGAUAAACGAAAUGAGGCGAAAAGUUAUUUUAGUACUGUUGGCAAUCAUAUUAACUUCGACGUUAUCCACAUUAUUCACGGGCUAUGUGCAAAUAGAGACAGAUAAAGUUCUACUAGACACCGUUGCCGGUUCAGUCGGCGCCGGCAACUUCUCAUACUGGCAACUGGGCCACAUCGGACCUCUGUUAUUGGAAUUAAACUCUCUAACGGGAGACGCCGAUCUCUACGUAGCAGAUACGGUGAGGCCAGGCUAUGAAGUGGACAAAAACAAUUUUAGCUCAGCCACCUGUGGCCCAGAUGUUGUGAACAUUCCUGCUGAUUUCCCGAGACCAAUUGGUAUAGGUGUCUUUGGCGACUGGUCUCAUGCAUUGUCAGAGUUCAGCAUCCAAGUUUUUCUGGACACAUCGGCAAUACUCAGCGAGGAGCAGCUGCUAGCCAUCGAGCGGGCUCAUCAGAUACCUGACAGAAGUGAUAUCCAGAUAGAGGCUAAGAAGAGCAAAGAGAAAAUAGCAACGAAGAAAACAGAGGAGGAGCGGCCGAGAUUCCUUCGCCUGCUGAACAUGUUGGAUGCCAUUUUCGAAAUGUUCCUCUUAUAGUUGUUUGUCAUAACAUUUUUGUAGUGA